GGGGGCGCCGCUCCGGGCGACCGCCGCUGCGCCGCGUCGGGCGCCGGCGCGCCCGCCGCCGAGGCCGCGUCCGCGGCGUCGCUGCCGGACUUCCAGGACGCGAGGCUGGCGUUCGAGUCGAAGUCCACGCUGGAGCUGGCGCGGGCCUGGGCAGUCUUCAUGACGUGCAAGGUCGGGUUCGUGGUUCGCAAUUGCGACUCGUUGUACGGGCUGGCGCGGCGCAUCGUUGGCCCGACGUUGACGCACGCUGUGCUCAGGCUCACGUUCUUCAACCACUUCUGCGCCGGCGAGACGACCGAGCAGAUCGUGCCAAAGAUGGAGGACCUGAGGCGCUACGGCAUCGGAGGCAUUCUGGACUACGCCGCGGAGGCCAAGGAGGAUGCCGCGCCCAAGGCCGCCGCCGCCGACUGCGAGGCGAGCACUGUGGGGGCGCCCCUGUCCUCCCGCACGUACGACUACCAGGGGGAGGCGAUCUGCGACGCCAACGCAGAGAUCUUCCUCCAGGCGAUACGCGCUGUGCGGGACGCCUCUCCGGAUGGCUUCGCGGCCAUCAAGCUCUCGGGACUGGGCGACCCGGCGCUGUUCGAGCGGAUGUCGAUUUGCCUGGAGGAGAUGUGCCGCCUGUUCAAGAGGCUCAGCGAUGGCACGGAGGAGGUGGGCCCUCGCGUGCCCUACCACUGCAUUGACCGCUCCUUCAAGCUCGACGUGGACACGUUCAGUGAGGGCUGGCGCCGCCUUUUUUCUGCAGGCAGCGACGACGAAGUCCGGGCCGCCUUCGACAAGCUCGAUGCCGACGGGUGUGGGUACAUUACCUACUUGGAUUGGUCUGAGAGCGUCAAGCUCUCAGAGAUUACAAGGCUCGUGCAGUCUUGUGUCAGCGAGGGCCCCAUGAAGCGGGCGGCACUGACGGAGGAGGAGCUGAAGCUCUACAUGAACAUGGUCGGUCGGGUGAUCAGGAUCAUGGACCUGGCUCAGGAGCUCGGCGUCCGUGUCAUGGUGGAUGCGGAGUGGAUGGACAUCCAGCCCGCCAUCGAUCACAUGGUGCUGUUCCUCCAGAGGAAAGUACAACGCCGGCGAUCGGCCCGUGGUGUUCAACACCUACCAGACGUAUCUCAAGGGCAUGCGGGACAAGGCCGGCCGAAUCUGGAGCGGUCCCGAAGGGAGGGUUGGCGCUUCGGCGCCAAGGUGGUCCGUGGCGCCUACAUGGUGUCAGAGCGGGAGAAGGCGAGGAAGAGGGGCGUCGAAUCCCCGAUCUGUGAGGACUACGCGGCCACCGAGGAGAACUUCCACGCCGUCAUCGACGCCAUCCUGGAGCACAGCGCGGCCUGCGGGCCCAAAGCUGCCGCCGAGGUCCUCGUCGCCUCGCACAACCGAGGCUCCGUAGAGCACACGCUGCGCCGCUGUGCUGAGCUGGGCAUCGACAGAGGCAACGUCUACUUCGGGCAGCUUCUGGGCAUGGCCGACAACCUGACCUUCACGCUUGGCAAGAACGGCUACAAGGCCUACAAGUACGUGCCCUACGGCCCGAUCGCCGAGGUCAUGCCGUACCUGAUCCGGCGGACCCAGGAAAACUCCGCCAUCCUGGGCUCCGCCAGCGUGCAGGAGGAACGCGCCAUGAUCGCCAGGGAGCUGCGCCGGCGGGUGCUGCGAUUCUGACGGUUGCCCGCCAUGCGAGCGAGCGACCGUUCGCCGGGGGCCGCUCCUGCGUGCACGCAGUCAGCCCGCAUAGUUCAGGAUGGGCGGCCCUUGCAUCCUUGUCGCGCAUGUUUACUAUCCUGGUUGACUGUACGUACCCGAUGCUGAGGGAGCCAGCCGUGGCUGUCACAAGACGGCGGGUCCGUGACGUCCCUCUGUGUGUUCGCACGAGCUGGGGGGCCCAUCUGCAAGGUGUCACGCCCGAGAUCGGCCGCCAGUGCCAAGGGUCUCGUGCCCCGUGGCGUGCCCCCGUUGCACGUGGCCCUUGCCUUAAUGUCUCUAUACGGUGUGAUUUGAUUGAUGUCGUGAACGCCCCGUCUCUGUCUCGAUUCGCAAAUUGGUUUCAUCCCCUCGCUUGCCACAAUGUUCUACUCGCGCACGUGUCGAAACACGGAGUGGUGACGUCGAGUGAUCGUAGCAGCUGACAGUUUUUCCGCUCAGCCAUGGUCUUACAGUAGAUAGCGUUUCACAUGGUUUUGGGUAGGUGUAGCUGACGUGCUUUUGGUGAAUUGGGGACGGCAAUCGCUCGAAGAGCUAGCAGUUGGGAUGAUUUUUCCAAAGUCCCUCUGGUCGUCAAAGCCCCACAGACACCAGAGUACAUCUUUCAAUCGACCGUCUCUGAGGGGAGACGCGCGCAGAUCAAACCAAGCCAGCGACUUCACCGAUUGCCAGCGCAGCAGUGCGUCAGCACAAGAAUUGCGAAUCUUUCUCCUCCUUCCCUGCUCCCCCGCCGGUCUUC